GAGGAGCUGCUUUUAGACGCUGUGUUUGUGCAAAUCUGCUGAGGGGUUAAGAGGGGAGAUACAGCAUUAGGCUCAUACCUGGUUUGGAAACGGACGGAUACUCGACCUCCAAUGCAGUGUCAGGAGCUCCUCGUUCGGGGCCUGAGUUUAGGGAUGAUCCUGGGUGGGGUAAUGCACUUUAUUUGUCUCAUGAAAUCUCACGCUGCCUAUGGCCGCUACGUGGACACCUCGGGCAGCUCCAUGAUGGUGCCCGCAAGGCUAGCGUGGUUCCUCCAGGAGAUUCCAGCUUUACUGGUGCCCUUGCUUUUGAUGAUGACCACCGAUGGAAACCACGACACUGGGAAACACCUGAUGCUCUGGACCUUCUGCCUGCACUACUUCCAAAGGAGCUGUAUCUACUCUCUGCUGACCAAAGGACGGCCGUAUCCAUUUAACAUCAUGCUAACAGGGGUGGUGGUUUGCUCUAUUAACGGCUUCCUGCAGGCACACUAUCUGCUCCACUGUGCUACAUUUCACAACACAUGGUUUUCUGAUGCCUGUUUACUGACUGGUCUGAUCAUAUUUUUCCUAGGAAUGGGAAUCAAUAUCCACAGCGACCACAUUCUUCGAAGCCUGAGAAAUCCUGGAGAAAUAUCCUAUAAAAUUCCGAGAGGCGGCAUGUUCGAGUAUGUGUCUGGAGCAAAUUUCUUCGGAGAGAUUGUGGAGUGGCUGGGAUACGCUGUUGCUACAUGGUCUUUACCAACAUUCGCUUUUGCUUUUUUCACAAUCUGCUUCAUAGGCCCCAGAGCCUAUCAUCAUCACAAGUUUUAUAAUGAGAAGUUCAAAGAUUUCCCCAGAUCAAGAAGAUCUCUCAUUCCCUUCAUCUUCUGAGGAGCCACGACGGAUAAAAUGAAUUCAUCUUCUCAACUGCUGCAAUGAAGAGCUGUUCUUGGGGUUGUUUUCAUAACCUGAUUUACCAUACAUUAUGUGGGAAAUUUUGCCACACGUAGGAAAGUAUCUAAAAUGUAAUACUCAAAUAUGUAAUGGUUUUUAUUUCCUUGAUAAAGGAUAAAUCAUAUAACAAAAUGUUUUUAUUACUUGUAUGUAGUUGCAGUUGUUAGUGUAAAACUGUCAUUUUUAGCGAUAAUUGUAAGUGGGUUGAUUUCCCUAAAGAGUGUAAAUAUUGACUCUGUGAUGCUACAGUAUUAAAACCUAAGCGUCUUAA